AUGCCACAGCUCUUUCCAGCCAACCCUUCGGCGACUAUGGUAAUUCGCCAUGUGACACCAGAUAUCGUGACCAUGAGUCUUCCUUUUGCACGGUUCGGACGCCUGCAGUUCGGCGGGCGAGGGACAUUGGUCAAGCUUGCCAGCGGCUCCCUCGCAGUAUUCUCUCCCGUCGGUUUAACGUCUGAAGUCCGCGAGACAGUCGAGUCCCUCGGCGGAAACGUCAAAUACAUCACGGCGCCAGAUAUCGAACAUCACCUCAACCUCACCCCGUGGAAGAACGCAUACCCGCAAGCAGAGAUCCUAGCUCCGGAGGGUCUCUACGAGAAGCGACAAUCAAACCCGGAAUUCAAGGAUACCCCGUUCAAGCAUGUAUUCAAAAAGGAGGAUCAACUGCCACGGUCGAUCUCGAAGGAGUUCGAUGCCGAGUUUGAGAGCGAGUAUGUGUAUGGCCACGGGUCGCGUGAGCUGGUGUUUUUCCAUAAGCCCACGCGCACGGUCAUCGAGGCGGAUCUGCUUUUUAACCUGCCCGCUAAGGAGCAGUAUUCCAGGACUCCCGAAGCCGGGACUAAUUUCCUUACCAAGCUGAUUAUGCCGCUGUUGUCCACCAAGCCGCCGGCUACAUGGCAGAGGCGGUUCGCAUGGUAUAUUCUCUCGUCACAGGAUCGGGCGGCGUUCACUGAGUCUAUGAAAAGGAUUGAUCAGUGGGACUUUGAUCGUUUGAUUCCUUGCCAUGGUGAUACCAUCGAGACUGGCGCUAAGGGGAUAUUCCGAGAUGUGAUGGCAUGGCACUUGGAGCAGAAGAAUACGUAG